AUGGGAUGGUUGAGUGCGGCCGUCAAAAUCAAGCAGAGCCCCAUGCUAGAUCAGACCGAAGCGAAAUAUCAGACCCUGGGCGCACCUGAUCCCUGGGCCGUACUGCCCGGGUUUGUUGGGCGCCGCUACGGCAAGGAGGCAGCAGCGAAUCAGAAAGCAGCUGGAGGUCGGUCUGGAAAACGAUACGACGAGUACGGAUGGGAGAGAUGGAGCCAUCGCACGGCCUCGCGAUAUGCACUAGCCUUCGUAUCGGAUUGCAACAAUGCGAUUGGCUGCCGCUUGGAUAGAGCACAGAGCUAG